AUUCUUGAGAUUCGAAAUAGGUAUAUUCCCACUCGUUCACUAGAUUCAUUUCAUCAAAAUGUCGACUGUGAAAGACGCGACCUCAGAAUUUUUUCUUCGUGGAAACACUCGUCAAUUUGACUUUGUAUUAAAGCUUUAUCCUCAAGUGCUUGCGCUCAAAGCAGAAGAAAAGAAGAAACCAGAAGAACUUAUUAAACUUGACGAAUGGUACCAAACUGAACUGCCGAAAAAAAUAAAACAAAGAGGACGCGAUGCUCACUUAAUACACGAAGAAUUAGUUCAGUGCAUGAAGUGGAAACAAAGUCGUGGAAAGUAUUAUCCUCAACUCUCAUAUUUGAUUAAAGUGAAUACACCGAGAGCAGUAGUAAUGGAAACUAAAAAGGCAUUUCGAAAACUACCAAACAUUGAGCAGGCAAUUACGGCACUUUCAAAUCUUAAAGGUGUUGGAACGACAAUGGCAUCAGCUCUACUUGCCGCUGCUCUUCCAGAAAAUGCUCCUUUUAUGGCUGAUGAAGUGCUAAAGGCUAUCCCAGAUAUUGAGGGCAUUGAUUACACGACCCGCGAGUAUUUGAAAUUUGUCACACACAUCGAAAGCACGAGAGAUCGACUGAAUCAAGAAACAGAAAGUGAUCAAUGGUCGGCACAUUCAGUUGAACUAGCAGUUUGGACGCAUUCGGUAGCUUGUGAUAUCAAACCGGAGCUACUAAAAGAUAUGCCUGAUCUCGACAAACAUGCUUCUGUAGGCACUAACGGAGCCAAUAACACUCACACUUGUAUCGAAAACACAAAGAUAAUAAGUGAGCAGUAUAUGGAGAAUAAUUUAUCAUCAACUAUAGAACAAAUCGAAGCAGCGGAAGACAAGGGAAAACCGCAGGGAUCAGCCAAUGGUGCCGUUGACAGCUUAGACGAAAGUACACUUUCAGAAGAUAGUUUGGAGCCGAAUACACCAAUUAUCGCGAAUGAUGAAACCAAUGAUAGCGAUUCUCAUAGUAGCGCUAAAAGGUCGCUAGAUUCAGAAGAAUUUCCUGUAACGGAACCUGAAUUAAAGAAGGCCAAGAAUAGCGAAUAAAAAAGAAGCAGGAAUAAGGACAACAUUUUUUCUUACAUAACAUAUUUUUAAUUUUUAAUUAUUUUUUAGUUUGUAUAUGAAUGCAUACAGAGAAUACAUUGUUUAUUGAUUUAAAGAUGCUUUCAGUUUAAUACAAAAAGUUCCAUUCUUUUUAUAAAAAUCACAAAAUAAACUCACUCAACUAUAUAAGAAAAUCACACACAUACACGUUAGAAAUAUUACCACCUUCCAUUUAUCACCCACUAAAUAAUAGUAAUUUAAAAUAAGAAAAUAGUAAAAACAAAAAUUGAUCAAAAAUAAAUACAGAUUUUAUAUUUAAAAGUUCUUCAAUUUGAGGUUUUGAUAUUUUUAAGAAUAACCAAUGAAAAAAAACACAGGAUUCAAAAGAAAUAACAGUUUUGUGUUGUUGAGUUUAGUUUAGGGUUGAAGAAUAAAUAUAAAUUAAGAUAUCUAAAAACCUCUUGUUUUAAAUUAUUAUUGCAUGAAAAAUUCAAAUCCAGAAUUCAUUUUCUUUUAUUUUUAUUAUUUUAUUUUUCUAUAUUUGAAAUUUAGUUUCCAUCUAAAAUAAAGAAUUAUUAUUAUUAAAUUAAAAUCACUUAUUUUAAAUUUAAUGUUAACAUUAAAUCUGUAAUUUUCUUUCUCAAUAGUUAUAAGAUACGAAACAAGUGACGGAAAUAAACAAAGUAUCAAGUUUCCUUUUGAAUAUAUUAGAAAAUUCAACAUUGUUUCAAUAUCAGAGCUAUCGUCAGAGCUAUUAUGGUUAUAU